AUGGCAAUUCAUACAGAUGAGAUCAAGGAAACCUCUCCCUACCCAGACGACCCCAAAGCCGUCGAGACACAAGAAGGCGAAGUCGACGACAAAUUCGAAGUCUUCAAACGGGGCGAGGGCCAAGUCGAUUUUCGAACUGUCAGUUGGAUUCGGGCUUCAAUUAUCUUUCUGAAGAUCAUCUUCGCAACCGGCGUCCUCUCCAUCCCAUCAUUGAUGUAUGAGCUAGGGGCAUUCCCUGGCGCCGUUUCCGUGAUAGCUUGGACUGUACUCAAUGCCUAUUGCGCUAUUGUGCAGGGUAACUUCCGCAAUGCCUACCCGGGCUGCCAUUCCAUCGUGGACAUGGCCCAGGUGGUCGGUGGACCGAUCGUGAGGGAGCUUGUUGGCUUCUUGUUCACGGUUAGUUAUAUUAUUGUCGCGGCAUCGGGUGUCAUUGGCGUAUCGACCGCAUUCAAUGCCCUGUCACGGCAUUCCAUCUGUACCGUUUGGUUCUCGUUCAUCGCGAUGAUUAUCAUUACCAUGUGUGCUAGUGUGCGCAAAUUCUCGCAUAUUGGCUGGCUCACCUGGGUUGGAUUUGGCAGUGUCUAUGUUGCCGUUUUUAUCAUUGUUAUCGGCGUAACAACACGAGACCGACCAGCAGCAGCGCCCCAAACAGGUGACUUCGACCUCGGCUACCGAGUCAUCGGUGACCCCAACUUCACAACCGGCAUCACAGCCUCGGCAACGAUCUUCGUCUCCAGUGCAGCCACAUCCGCCUUCCUCCCGGUCAUUUCGGAGAUGCGCAGGCCAAAGGAUUACCCCAAAGCAGUCUACCUAAGCAUGAGCCUGGUGACAGCCUCUUACCUGACUUUCAGCCUGGUAAUCUACGCCUGGUGCGGCAAGUGGAUCGCCUCCCCAUCACUUGGUAGCGCCGGCGAAACCGUCAAGCGGGUCGCCUACGGCAUCGCCCUCCCGGGCCUGAUUGUCAGCGGCUGUCUCUACGUACACGUCGCAGCCAAGUACCUCUUCGUGCGAAUCCUGCGCAACUCGCGUCAUCUGCAAGCGAACACGGCCGUGCAUUGGUGCACUUGGCUGUCGUGUACGAUUGGUAUGUCGGCUAUUUCGUUUGUUUUGGCGUGCGCUAUCCCCAUCUUCAACUAUGUGUUGGCAUUGGUGGGCAGUUUGUGCUUCGCGCCUUUGGCGAUUAGUCUGCCCGGGUGGUUGUGGUUGUAUAGUCAUCGCGAUUAUUGGAAGGGGAAUGCGCUGAGGGUCAUGUUGUAUGCUUUCCAUGUCUUUCUCGUGCUAUUAGGGCUGUUUUUGGCCGUUGGAGGCACUUACGGGGUUGUGGUGCAGAUUAAGGAGGCUUACGCUGAUGGACAGAUUGAAUCUGCCUUUUCUUGCGCUGAUAAUAGUUGA